AUGGCCCAGCUCGUGCUCCUCGUGGCCGUGCUCCAGCUCGUGACGAGUGAACUCCACCAAAGCCUCUUGGCCGUGUGCACGGCCUGGGAUGGCGUCACGUGCCCCUUUACGACAGCGGCGCCGCUCGCAUCGCUCUGGGACCGCCGCUCGCAGACGCUGUGCAAGGCGUCCGUGGCCGUGAGCGUCAAGCAGAUCGACUGGCAAAGCAACCUCAUCACGGGCAAAGGCCUCGUGCGCAGCGUCCAAGUCAAUGGCAACGAGCUACUGACGUCGCUCGUGUACCCGUCCGAUGCGUACGUGGCGCCCAACUACCCGCACUGCGACGACUGGUACGACGUGCUCCCGCCCCACGGCAACUACAUCUUGCCAGGGCGCGGCGGCCAGCGCUCGAUCUUGCCCUUCAUUACGAACGCGUCGGUGGCUUUUCAGAUUGAGUUUGAGUGGACGGGCGACCACAGCCAGCGCCACGACUGCUCGUUUGGCGGCAUCUCGUACGUGGGCUUGGCCCAAAUGGACUUGUACUAUGAAAUCCAAGACGACAGCGCCUGUCCGGGCUGGCACCCCAAUACGCACUCGUGGUGCUCGGGCCAUGGCCAAUGCGACUGUGCGACGAGCGAGCAUGCCAACCGCACCUGCACCUGCCAGCCGGGGUACGCGCCGCCCGACUGUGCCAACUGCAUGGACAACUUUUACGGCCGCGCGUGCACGCUCGAGUGUCUUCCAUGCGAAAACGGAGGCGUUUGCAACGCCGGCCCGUCCGGCGACGGCGAGUGCACGUGUGCCCCGGGGUUCGACCCCGCCACGCGAUGUGCGACGUGCCUGCCGUCGUUUUUUGGCCCGACGUGCGACCCGUGUCCGCACUGCCACCACCCACACGGCAACUGCAACGACGGGAUCCGCGGCAACGGUCUCUGCUCGUGCGCGGUCGGCUUCAACGCAUCGAUCAACUGUGCCGACUGCAUGGACUCGUUCUAUGGUCCGAACUGCGUCCCGUGCGAGUCGUGCCAUACGUCCGGGCGCUGCAACCACGGACGCGCCGGCGACGGGUCGUGCAUCUGCUCGGAAGGCUUCUCAGCCGACUCGCGCUGUACGCAAUGCUCCAUCAACUAUUUUGGCGCCAACUGCACGCGCUGCGAGAGCUGCCACGGCCGCGGCUACUGCAACGACACGCUUCUCGGCGACGGCAGCUGUUUAUGCGACGAAGGCUACACGGCCAAUUCGCGCUGCGUGCGCUGCAACGACGGCUGGGACUUCAACCCGACCACGAUGAGCUGUCAGUGCGCGCCCGAACACUUUGGCCCGCACUGCCGGUCGUGCCCGAUCUGCAAGCCCCACGGCCGCUGCAACGCGGGCAACGACGGCGACGGCCGGUGCAUCUGCGACCCCGGGUGGUCGGCCUCGACCAACUGCGUCACGUGCAUGGGCGGGUACUUUGGGCUCGACUGCCAAAUGUGCCGGCGCUGCGGGAAAGGCCGAUGCGACGACGCGCUCCACGGGUCGGGCCGCUGCGUCUGCCGCGAAGGCUGGAGCGCAUCGUCCGACUGCUACAACUGCGCCGAGGGGUACUUUGGCGACAACUGCGCGCCGUGUCCCGAAGAUUGUGGCCACGGCACAUGCAGCAGCGGGCUCCUUGGAUCAGGGGCGUGCUCGUGUCAUCCUGGCUGGGCGUGGUCAGCAGUCGCGCCCUGCACGACGUGCCUGCCCGGGCACACACUCCCCAACUGCUAUCUCUGCCCGGGCUACACCGAGAGCGGUCUGCCGUGCAACGGUCACGGCACGUGUGUGUCGGGCGACGGCGCGGCCGCGUGUGUCUGCGACGCGCGGUUUAGCGGCGCCGGCUGCGACGUCUACGACUUUCCGCUCGCGAUGGUGUGUGCCAUGGGCAUGCUCGCGCUCUCGUCGCUCGGCUUUUGCAUGUGCACGAUGCGUCGGCUCGCUCGGCACCCGCGGUACCCGCCGUUGCACGCCGGCGGCUUGCAUCGACGCUACUCGACGUUCACCGGCGCGUAUGUGGAAAUUUCCGACAUGAGCGACUUGGAAUUUUUCGUGUCGGCCGACUCGCGCGACUGGCUCAUCCCGUUUGAAGCGCUGACGCUGCAGCGCGAGGUCGGCAACGGGACGUCCGGCCAAGUGUUCAAGUCGCUCUACCACAGCGGCGGCGGCAACUCGGUCGUUGCCGUCAAGCGCCUCUACAGCCCCGUGACGGGCCAAGAGUACUUUCAGAGCUUCUUUCGGCGCGAAGUGAGCAUUUUGAGCAAGCUCCACCAUCCAAACGUCGUGCGGUUUUACGGCGUGAGCUACUACAACCGGGUGCUGUACAUUGUGACGGACUUUUGCCGCACGUCGUUAUGCGCGCUGAUUGAAAACCCCGCGUCCAGCGACCCGUUCGAGUCGGGGUUUCUGCUCAAAGUCAUGGGCCAAAUCACGGCCGGCAUGGCGUUUCUGCACAGCCGCAACGUCGUUCACCGGGAUCUCAAGCCCGCGAACGUGCUCUUGAACGACACGGACGACAUCAACAUUUGCGACUUUGGCCUCUCGCGGCUCAUUGACCCGGAACAAACGUCUAUGACCGCCGAGGUGGGCACGCCAAGCUACAUGGCCCCCGAGAUGGCGACGAUGGGCGCGACGCUCUGCUCGACCAAAGGCGACGUCUACUCGUACGGCAUUCUCCUCUACUCGAUGUGGUCUCGCAGCAAGCCGUAUGGGGACCAGGGCAUGAACCCGUUCCAGCUUAUGACGGCGGUCGUCAGCGGCUUGCGACCGGUGAUUCCCAUCAACUGCCCACCGGGCCUCGCACGGCUCAUGCGGCAGUGCUGGGACGCCAACCCGCUGAGCCGACCGAGCUUUCCGGAAAUUAGCCUCCAACUCAAGGACCCGACGCUGCUCCAAAGCGUGCGCGUGCGACCAAGUCCGUCUUCUAAUUAACAAAACACGUGUACUACCUUGUUGCAAGC